AUGAUCCACAAUCAAGAUGACAUCAGUGACGUUGACCAGCUCUCGUACCUCCGCUCUGCAUUGACCGGGCCAGCAUUUGAUAAAAUUAAAAUGCUGUCAGUAACCACCGGGAAUUACACUCGAGCUUGGAAAUUGUUGGAUGAGACAUACUCCGACAAACGACUCAUAAUUUCCAGAUACCUCAAUUUAUUACUGGAUUUACCGAAACAAGAGCACGAAACGGCUAAAGGCCUUUCACAACUUAUAGAUGACACACGCCAGAACUAUGAAAUGUUGAGGAUGAUAGGAAUCGAACUGACAGAAGAAAUCGUAGUCACAAUUCUGGAAAACAAACUUCAUCGCUCCACUGCUGAUGACUGGGACGAGGCAAUCAACAAGGGCACGUUUCCAUCACUCGACGAUUUUCUGAAUUUUCUAUCACGCAGAGCAAAUCGCCUCGCCAUCGGUAAUACGAACAAGUCGUGGACAGAAACCAGCCGCCAUCGGGAUUCAAACAAAUUUUCAUCACCUUACAAUUACCAAAACAUAAGGAGAAAUGAGAAACGCACACACGCACAGGCUUUCAUUACGAACACCCAUUCAACCUGCUUUCAUUGCAAAAAGGAAGCACAUCCACUCUUUUUAUGCGCAGAAUUCAGGAACAUGCCAGCCAGCAAACGAUUGAAAAUCGUCCAUGAACAUACAUCCUGCAUCAACUGUCUGCGCAACAAUCACCAGCUUGAUGACUGCUAUUCGCAAAAAAACUGCCGCCUCUGCGAAGAACGGCAUAAUAUAUCACUGCAUCAUGCACUCCUCGCUGAGAAAACGUCAUCAAAAAAAGAAGGUAUGUCAGAAUAG